CACGCGUGGGACCCCAUGGCUAACUCGGCACUCCACCACUCCUGGCCAGCCCUCUCCAAGCUGUGGCUGAAGCAGUGGGCCUUCAAGAGAGGUUCUGAGCCCAAGCCAUGCGUCCAGCCCUUUGACUCUGGAGCUGCAGCUUCAGGCACUGAGAGCAGCGACGGAGCCUGGAGGUCCGAGCACCCAGACUUCCCCACCAUGGAGGAUGAGCAGGAGGAUGGUAUUCCAGGGCAGCUCAGCGACAGCACGGAGGACCUCAGCCUGGACUUGGGGGCUCUGCAGGGCAGCGAGUAUCUCCAGGACCUGGGCCUUGGGGCCUUUUCCCACAGCCAGCCUGGGGGGGCCGGGGACAGUGGCCACCCCAGCGAAGAGGUCGGAGGAGCAUCGACCUUCUGCAGCUCAGCAGAGACCCAGGGCCUGCCUCGGAGACGCAGCUGGGAGAGGUCGCGGAGCUGCUCCGGGAGCUGGCAGAGGCUCAGCCUUGAGGCCUCGGCUGUGAAGGAGGGGCCCUGUCUCCCUCGGACACUGGCCAGCCUUACUCUGAACCUACCCGGAGAGGAUCUGCAGGCCUGGACCCAAGAGUGUCUGUCUGGGGGUGGGACCCCAGCAGAGCACCCAGGCAAGGAAUGUGACAGCCCUGAGAAAAGAGUAAGGUCACGGUCUGUUCCCGUGUCCUUCAAUGAGAUCAGCUCCCUGGAAAUCUCUCCCGCUUUGGAGGUGCCCACUCCAGCUGUUCAAGGCAUGGAGCCCCCAGUGCUGGAGUGCAUGGGAAAGGACCACGUGGAGCCAGACCACGUGCUGAUUGUCCAGCAGGUGCUUCAAGAACUUCGGCAGUACCAUGGGGCCCGGCAGAGGUCUUGCUUGUCAACCAGCCCCGGAGGAGCCCACUCAAACCUCACCUGGUUUGAGUUCCUGUCUGAGAGCGAGGAUGGCGCCAGCAAGAUUGAGCGGAGUAACAGGAGCACCAGGGUGAAGCGCAGACUGAGCUCCCUACGUUGUCGGGUCACCAGGCAGAAGGAGAAGGGGAAGAGCCCAGUGCUUCUAAAGGACAAGGCUCAGGAUGCUAGAGAGAGAAAGGAAUGUGUCAACGGGCACCAGCUGGCGCAAGGAACCUUCCUUGGCCACUCCAGCUGCCCCCUGUGUGGCAAACCCUUUCUGAGCUCUGCGUCCCUGAAGGAGCACCCGAGGGCCACCCUCUUGUCUGAUGGCAGCCCGGCCCUGUCCAGGAAUGUCGGCAUGAUGGUCUCACAGAAGGGGGGGCCGCAGCCAGCACCCAGCCCAGUGGGAACGGGGACACAGCUUGGACCAGUCACAGGAGAGAUGGAUGAAGCCGACUCUGUAUUUUUAAAAUCUAAGCAGGCAGCUGAUGACUCUCUCUCGCUUACGUCUUCGAAUGCCGAGCCCAUUUUUGUAGAAGACGCCUGCACAGCCUUGCUGAGGAGUGAGAUCGAGGCGGACGCCCGCGAUUUUGAGGCUGAGUCCUGGAGCCUUUCCGUGGACGCGGCAUACUCAAAGAAACAAAAGAAAGAGGUGGUAAAGAGGCAGGAUGUGCUCUAUGAGCUGGUGCAGACGGAGGUACACCACGUCCGGACACUCAAGAUCAUGCUGAAGGUCUACUCCAGGGCCCUGCAGGAUGAGCUUCAGUUCAGCAGUAAGGCCAUCGGCCGCCUCUUCCCGUGUGUGGAUGAGCUGCUCGACAUGCAUAGCCACUUCCUCUCUCGGCUGAAGGAGCGCCGCCAGGAGUCCCUGGAGGAGGGCAGUGACCGCAAUUACAUCAUCCAGAAAAUCGGGGACCUCUUGGUACAGCAGUUCUCCGGCGAAAAUGGGGACAGAAUGAAAGAAAAAUACGGUGUCUUUUGUAGUGGCCACAAUGAGGCCGUCAGCCAUUACAAGUUGCUGCUCCAGCAAAACAAGAAAUUUCAAAGCCUGAUCAAGAAAAUUGGCAACUUCUCCAUCGUGAGGCGGCUUGGCGUGCAGGAGUGUAUCCUUCUGGUCACUCAGCGCAUAACCAAGUACCCCGUGCUGGUGGAGCGCAUUAUUCAGAACACAGAAGCCGGCACCGAGGACUACAGAGACCUGACCCAGGCCCUGAACCUCAUCAAGGACAUCAUCUCCCAAGUGGACGCCAAGGUCAGCGAGUCCGAGAAGGGCCAGCGCCUCCGGGAGAUCGCAGGGAAGAUGGACUUAAAGUCCUCCAGCAAGCUCAAGAACGGGCUGACCUUCCGCAAAGAGGACAUGCUGCAGCGGCGACUCCACCUGGAGGGCACGCUGUGCUGGAAGACCACGUCGGGGCGCCUGAAAGAUGUCCUUGCUGUCCUGCUGACGGAUGUGCUCUUGCUGCUACAAGAAAAGGAUCAAAAAUACGUCUUUGCCUCUGUGGACUCGAAGCGCCCGGUCAUCUCGUUACAAAAGCUCAUUGUGAGGGAGGUGGCCAACGAGGAGAAAGCCAUGUUUCUGAUCAGUGCCUCCCUGCAAGGGCCCGAGAUGUACGAGAUCUAUACCAGCUCCAAAGAGGAGAGGAACACUUGGAUGGCCCACAUCAGAAGGGCCGUCGAGAGCUGUCCGGACGAGGAGGAGGGGCCCUUCAGCGAGGUGGAAGAGGAGAAGAAGGUGUUCGAGGCCCGCGCCCUGAGGCUGAGGGACUUCCAAGAGCGAUUGAACGUGAAAGACCAGCAGAUUGCACAGAGCCUUGGCGAGAAGCAGCAGAUCUACCUGGAGAUGGCGGAGAUGAGCGGGCUCGAAGAUGUCCCCCAGUCGCGGCUCCUCUUCCGAGGAGGGGAUCCCUCCGAGACCAUGCAGGGGGAGCUGAUCCUCAAGUCGGCCAUGAGUGAGAUCGAGGACAUCCAGACCCUGAUCUGCAGGCAGCUGGGCAGCGCCAACGGCCAGGUGGAAGAUGGGGGAGGUUCCGCGGGCCUGCCCCGCAGGGCAGAGACCUUCGGGGGCCACGACACUGUGAGCAGUCCCGGCAAGAAUGGCAGUUUGAAGAAGGCCUACAGCAGCGACCCCGGCCCCCAAGACUGGCAAAGCCCGGUGAGCAGCCCAGACUCGAAGCCCAGCAACACGCCGGGGGCCUCUGAGGACACCCCACCCGCAGUGGCGGUGCCGGGGGCGGAGUCCGGCCGCCCUCUGCCCGCGGCCCUGGAGCUGGAGCUUGUCCAGCGGAUCCAGACCCUGUCUCAGCUGCUCCUCAGCCUCCAGGCAGUCAUUGCCCAGCAGGACAGCUGCGUGGAGAUGCAGAGGGCCUCCAUCCAGGAGCGCGAGAAGCAGCUGCGGCUGCAGUCCACGCGCGGGAACCUGCUGCUGGAGCAGGAGCGCCAGCGCAACUUCGAGAAGCAGCGCGAGGAGCUGGCCGCCGUGCAGAAGCAGCAGGGCCUCCUGCGGGCGGAGCAGCAGCGCUGGGAGCGCGAGCGGGAGCGCCAGCAGCACGAGCUGGCCCUGGCCUCGGCCCGGCUGCAGCGGUGCCAGAACGAGUCGCUGCAGCUGCAGGAGCGGCUGAGCCAGGAGCGCGAGCAGCUGGAGCAGCGGCGGCGCGCCUACCAGCACGACCUGGCGCGGCUGCGGGAGGCCCAGCGCGCCGUGGAGCGGGAGCGCGAGCAGCUGGAGCAGCAGCGGCGCCUCCGCAAGCAGAACACGGCGCCCGGCGCGCUGCCGCCCGACUUGCCGGCCGAGGCCCAGCCACUAAGCCACACUCCCAGCUUCAACGGGGAAGGGCCGGAAGGGCCCUCCGCCCUCGCCAAAGCGCCAGGAGCCCGGGUGAGCAUGCCGCUGGCGGGCCCGGGGCCUGAGUUCCCAGAGCGCCCCGAGAUGGCUCGCCGGGACAGCGCCCCCGCCGAGAGCCGGCCGGCCAAGAGCGACGUGCCCAUCCAGCUGCUGAGCGCCACCAACCAGAUCCAGAGGCAGGCGGCUGUGCAGCAGCAGAUCCCCACCAAGCUGGCUGCCUCCACCAAGGGCGCCAAGGACAAGGGCGGCAAGAGCAGGGGCUCCCAGCGCUGGGACAGCUCAGCCUCCUUCGACCUGAAGCAGCAGCUGCUCCUCAGCAAGCUCGUGGGCAAGGACGAGAACAGCGCUCGGAACCGCCGCUCGCUGAGCCCGGUUCUGCUCAGCAGCCACAGCUCCGUGUCCCCCGCGGACCCUUGCUGCCCGGCCCCGGCUGACGUCCCCACCGAGUGCUGCUCCCUCAAGCCCGGGGGCGCCCCCGUGCCCCCCUCCCCCUUGCCACUGCCCAGCACACCGGGCGGCAAGGAAGACGGCAGCAAGGAAGACGUCAUCUUCUUCUAGAGGGGGUGUGGCUCGAGCGCUUGGGGCCUGCAGCAUCCGCGCGUCCUCGGGGAGCCAGGAGAAGCGUCCUCCCUCGGUCCUGUGAGGCGUCCGAGCUCACCUGUGCCAUGUCUGUGAUCGGGGUUUGCGUUUUCGUACUGAGACGUCUCCAAGCACUUUAGCAGAGUUGACUUUUAAGUUCCUGUCCUAUGGUGAAGCGAACAUCUCUGGGCCCUCGUGCUGGGUGAUUCCACCGCCACGCGCCCCUGUCCGCCGGCUCUGGUCUGACCCUCCGAGGCGCCACGAUUCCUCAGCCGGUGACAAGUCCAAGGAACCGCCACUUGGCCGUGUGGCAGGGAACUGGGGCAUCCCACCGCGGGGCCACACAGCAGGGCAGUGUCGUCAUGGGUCCAUCCCUCGUCCGGGCAAGGUCACUCCCAGAGAGCCCGAUUUUAUUUGUACGGUUGGUGGUUGAGCAGAUCCUCAUGUCCAUGGAACCUGUGCACGUCCUCGUUAAUUGUGACCAUAAUCGUAGUCCAGCCGACAAUUAUUUUUAUGAUGAUUGCAACAUUUCCUCACCGUGGGGUCUUUCAGAACCACCUUAGAACUUAAGACCUGAUUCCAGCAAUAAAAGUAUCGGAGAUGAGCCGACGGGAGUGUUCGUUUGGGGGUUUGGGGUUUUGUUUUAGGAUCCUCGGCCCAAACAUCAGUGCUCUACAGGUGGCUCACAUCACCGGGCAGGGCGCCCCUCACACCCAUGCCCAGGGCCCCACACCCUCCCCUCAGGAAGCUCCAGACGAUGACCGCGUGCAGACAUUCGGAGUCAGAGGCAGUGGGGGUGCCCGGGAGCCCCCGGGGAGAAGCAGCCCUCCAGACGAGGCUGAGGUGUGGGGAUGCGGCCAAGUCCUCUCCG